UCCACACACUCUUUUAAAUAACACCCCUUUCUCACUCCUACCUCCCUUGAGCUUCUUCCUCUCUCUCUCUCUCUCUCUCUCUCUCUCUCUCUCUCUCUCUCUCUUCCUGAGCUCACAUUUGGAGCCCCUUUUGAGGGACUUGAGAAAGAGGAGGCAAUUUUGUACACAAUGGACUUCAAUAAAGCCAUUUUUGCAACUACCAUACUAACCAUGAUGUUCAUAACUCCUUCGAUCGCCCAAUCCCCUCCAUCACCAUUUCUUGCCCCCACCCCGGCCCCCGCCCCCGCCCCUGCCCCUCACCACGUGAACCUCACCGACCUCCUCUCCGUCGCGGGCCCCUUCCACACAUUCCUCAGCUACCUCCUCCAAACCCAAGUCAUCAAUACAUUCCAAAACCAAGCCAACAACACCGACCAAGGCAUCACCAUCUUCGUCCCCAGAGACUCCGCCUUCGCCGCGCUUAAGCAAUCCACGUUCGCCAACCUGACUCAAGACCAGCUCAAAUCACUCUUGCUCUACCACGCCUUCCCGAAAUACUACUCGUUGGCGGAGUUCAAGAACUUGAGCAGUUUGAACCCGGUAAGCACGUUUGCCGGCGGGCAGUACUCGCUUAACCUCACCGAUAACAUGGGGCUAAUCCGUGUCCAAUCGCAAUGGUCGAACCCGAAGAUCACCAGCAGUGUGUUCUCUACCGCGCCCGUCGCGGUUUAUGAGGUGGAUAAGGUUUUACUUCCCAUGCAAAUCUUCAGUACCGACCCCCCUCUAGCUCCUGCUCCGGCCCCCGCUCCGGAAACGAAGCCGUCGGAUUUGUCUCCAACGAGUGGGAACGGCUCCGCACCCAAAUCUACGCAGUCGUCGAGCCCAACAAGUUCUUCAUGCAAAACUCAUGCUGGGUUUGCGAGUUACUUGUUCUUCGCGGUUUCUGGCGGAUUGAUGCUUUCGUUGUGAGAGGAAUUUCCUUGCUACUCGGAUUAUUCGGUUCAAAUUUAUAGCAAGUUAGCAAAUUCAUUACUGUGGUUGGAUUUAUGUAUUGGUUGGUGGUCAUUCUUUCGGUCAGAGUAGAUUGAGACAUGUUAUGUGCUACAUCUUCUAUUGCUUUAUAUUUACAUCUACAAUUGCAUUUGCUUUAUAUCGAAGCGAUUUUCUUACUACUGUCCUGGUAUGAAAAUGAUAUUUCUUUUUUAAAGAUUUCUUGUAUGUUCCCACAAGAAGGUGACAUAAUCUCUUCAAAAUCAAGCUACAUGUAUGGAGUUGUGACAAAAAAAACUUGUAAAAGAUCAAUGUGGAGAAUUGAAUAAUUGUUAUUUAAGUA